UAGGGCUCCUGGGUGACGUCACGGCUCGGCGCUUGGAGACAGAGGGAAGUGAGGGCGGCGCUUCUUCCGGUUGGGCCUAGCCGAGGGAGAGGCAGCCACACUUCUUCCCAGACCCACAGGCCGGAUCCUUCCCUCGGCAGAGAAGGAGAGAGGCUCCAGGGCGGCGGGAAUGGCGGAGCCACUGCAGAAGAAGCUCCAGGCCGAAGUGGAGAAGUACCAGCAGCUCCAGAAAGAUAUCAGCAAGUGCAUGUCGUCCCGGCAGAAGCUGGAGGCCCAGCUGACGGAGAACAACAUUGUGCAGGAGGAGCUGGGCUUCCUGGAUGCCAUGGCUCUGGAAAGAAGGAAUCCCACGGCUGUAGAGCAGCCCUCUCCCACAAUGAGUGGGGCACGGAGGAGAGCGGCUUUUACUCUUCCUUUGUGUUGUUGUUGUUGUCGUUGUGUGCCUUCACGUUCUUUCCUCCGAUGUCUCUCACCUCCAAGGGCUUCCUGACUUAGGUUGGCCCUUCCGGGGGUCUCCUUGGCCAGGUUUCCUCUGCCUUCCUGUGGGGCUGGGAGAGUGGGGCCUCCUCCCUCCCCUGGGGACACUCCUCCGCCCCAAGCCUGGCCUCUGGGUCCCAGUCCAAGGCCCAAGCCUGACCCAGCCCUUCUCUAGGAGCUGGGCUUCCUGGACGCCUCCAACGCCGUCUUCAAGCUGAUUGGGCCCGUCUUGGUGAAGCAG